CAAAGAGACACCACCAAUCCACAAUAAGCACCACCCUCUUUUCCCUCUUUUGCAAGUCAAGUUUUGAAACAAAGAAGAGCAAAAACUAAAAUCAUUACCCAACUCAAACCCCAAAAACUUUUUAAGCCGAAAAGGACACAAGCCACCACAAAUGCCAACUUACACAGAUAAUUUAAAUUACAAAGGGGCAUUUUGGCCAACAAAAGUACCUACCCUUAACAAACAACCUCUUUCACUGGCUUAUCAUAACCCUUCUGCUAUAUAUACCCUCUCUGUCUGACAUCAAUUCCAAGCACUUUACUUCCUACAAUUGAUUCCAUGGCAGAGCUUGAGAGUCCUUCUGUUAUGCCUAAGUUGAUAUCUUUUCUCUCUUCUCUGCUCAAAAGGGUUGCUGAAUCUAAUGAUCUCAACCAGCAACAGCUCCACCAAAAGAUCUCAGUUUUUCAUGGCUUGACUUGCCCCACCAUCUCUAUUCAAAGCUAUCUUGAGAGAAUUUUCAAGUAUGCAAACUGCAGUCCAUCAUGCUUCAUUGUUGCAUAUGUCUAUCUUGAUCGCUUCACUCAAAGGCAGCCCUCCUUGCCUAUCAACUCCUUCAAUGUGCAUCGGUUACUCAUCACCAGCGUUAUGGUGGCUGCAAAAUUCAUGGAUGACUUGUACUACAACAAUGCUUACUAUGCAAAAGUUGGAGGAAUCACUACAAUAGAGAUGAAUUUUCUUGAGGUGGACUUCUUAUUUGGCUUGGGUUUCCAUUUAAAUGUAACCCCUGGCACCUUCCAAGCUUACUGUGCACAUCUCCAAAGAGAAAUGUUGCUGAUGCAACCACUGACUUUAGCAGAUUCUUCCCUAAGUUUAGGAAAAUCACUAAAGGCCCAUUUAUGCUUCAACGAGGAUGAAUCAUCUUCCCAUCAAAAGCAACAACAAUUAGCUGUUUGAUUUUCUUGCAUUUUCUCAAUGCAUGUAAUCAGUACUCUAGCUGUAGAUGUAGUGAACCUAUUAUAGAUUUGCAAAUUAAAUCAUUUUGCUCCUUUCUUUGUGUCUCCAAUUAGUUUUUGUUUUCCAUUUCUGAAUUCUGGUUGAUUAAAUUAUUUGGUAUUGUACAGAGUUACAGAUAAUUGUCUGUUCUUUACAGUCUGGCUAGAUAAGUCUAGUAUUUUAGUUCUUCUGAUAUAAUAAUCAAUGGUUUUUUGUAUGGUUGAGACCGAUUCUCGUCCACCUUUGGAUUCCAUAGGGGAUUUGCAAAUUGCACUGUCACUUAAACAAAGGGAAAGCUUUUAACAACAUUUUGGACAUAAAUGUGUGGUGACUGAGGAAUGCAUGGCCAUUUUGGCCAUUAGAAGACAAAAGAAUGAUGUGCACAGUUCAAUAGAUAGGUACUAUUUUAAUGAAACUCUGUGCUAGUCUACAAGGAAUAGGGUCCAGGGAUCAAUUACAGAUUCAACAUCUUACUUCAAUGGAAAAAGACCGCUGAAACCUUAAUUCCAAUUCACAUGAAAAAAACAAUAUAAUAUAAAAAAUACCAUAUACAUGUUUGUAUA